AUGCCCGGGCUUGUCACACUUGUCUCGCAAGACAACCAGAAAAUUGAGGUUGAGCUCAAUGUCAUCAGACAAUCAAAGGUCAUCUCCGGAAUGCUCCAAGACCUUGGUGAGGAUGAAGAUACCGAGUACCCCAUUCCCAACGUCUCCCACGCCAUUUUGAAGAAAAUCAUCGAAUGGUGCGAAGAGCACAAAGAUGACGCCCCGAUCGAUGAUGAAGACCCGAACUACCAAGAAAAGAAGCGAACCCAGGAAGUGCCCCGAUGGGACGCAGAAUUCCUCAAGGUCGACCAAGGAACGCUCUUUGAAAUCAUCCUCGCUGCCAACUACCUUGAUAUCGGCCGCCUUCUGGACUUUGCCUGCAUGACUGUUGCAGAUCAAAUCCGCGGCAAGACACCAGAAGAAAUCCGUAAGCACUUCAACAUCAAGAACGACUUCACCGAGGAAGAAAUGGAGCAGAUCAAGAAAGAGAACGAAUGGUGCGAGGGCAACUAA